AUGGUCGCUAUUAGGUCUGUUAGCCCGUCGCUCCCGCUCCUAGUAAUACUCCUCCUCCUCAUAGCUUCCUCGUCCUCUCCCCACUCGCCUUGCUCAGCCACCCGCGCCGCUGCCAUCGGCGCGCAGUUGCCACCUGCCCCAGUUCCGCCCGUGACCAGGAACCGCGAUGCGAACAGUACCAGCGUCUACACUCUGCUGCCCCGCGCGUGGCACCCGCCGUUGAUCCUCUCCUUUACUCAUGAAGCAGUGCAGUCGCCGCGUCAGCGCCACGUUUUCGGGCGGAAGUCGGGGCGGCCCGUAGAAGCGGCGGAAGUUUUUCCGCAGUCUGCGGAUGGGCGGGCGCCGGAGUCAGCCGCGCGCGGGCGCUCCCUGGCGGCUUCCGCCGCCGCCAGCGGCGCCGACGAGGGCGAGUGCGACGUAGAGUGGAUGCUGCUGUGGCCGGCGCGACAGGGAUGCUGGCGGCCGCGCAUGACGGCGCAAGGCGGAACUUCCGCGCGCGUGACUUCCGCCGCCUCCUCCUCCGCGCACCGCCAAGCUACCACGCAAAGCCUGACUUCCGCAGGCGCUGUGAUCGCGCAGGCUUCCGCGCCUCCCCCUUCCCCUCCCGACGACCGGCCAGGCGACGGGGAUGGGGGGAGCACUCCGCCCGCGGGGAACGAGGCGCGGCUGACACCCGACAAUGAGAUCAUCGGCGUGUGCCGAUUCGGAGCCCCCUCCACCAUCACCAUCGCCCCUGACUGGAACGGACAGACGUGGCGAGGCUGGGGCACUUCGCUGGCAUGGUUCGCCAACUACGUGGGCAAGCUGCCGGACGACCAGUUUGAUCUCAUAAUGGAUUUACUCUUCGACAAGGACAAGGGCAUCGGACUCAACUUGGCCCGCUACCUCAUAGGCGGCAGCGUCAACUACACCAACAGCCCCCAGUUCCUCACCGCCGCCUGGGAGACCCGCUCCAUCCCCGGCUUCCGCGUCCAGCCAAACGGGCCGUACGACUGGACGGCGGACGGGCGGCAGAGGCGGACAAUGCUCGCCGCCCUGGCGCGGAAUGUGGACGAGGUUGAGGCGGUGUCGUACUCGCCGCCCUGGUGGAUGACGGUCAGUGGGGACACUGCCGGGACAGAAACGGGCAAGUGCAACUUAAAGCCCGAGUACUUCCAGGCGUACACGGAGUAUCAAGCUUCGGUGAUCGAGCAUUACCGCACGCACUGGAACGUGACUUUCUCGACCAUGACCCCGGCGAAUGAGGCGUUGGAGGGGUGGUGGACGCAGGGCCACAAGAACGAGGGGUGCAACUACGGCCCUGAGAAGCUGACCACUCUUAUCCGGCUCCUCACAGCCACCUUAACGAGACGCAAGCUGCCGACAAAAGUCGCGGGGUUUGACAGUUUCGUCGGCGCGACUCUCCGGUACACGUUCAAGUUCCCUGCUGCAUUGAAGGCCGGCCUGUUUCGGCUGAACGUGCAUGGGUACAUAAACCCGCCGCCCAGCACGGCAGACACUCGGCAGUACAUGGAAGGUGUGAUGGUGAGCAUGCACCGCAUGGCGACCGGACUAGGGAAGGAGGUGUGGGUGUCGGAGGUGGGGCCGAUGUGGGUGAGCGGGAAUGAUGUCGGUGUGAUGCUGUUCACGGCGCGGCAGAUAGUGGAGACUGUCAACAUCAUGGGGGCUUCGGCCUGGAUUUUCUGGAUCUACCGGCUGAACGACACAGAAGUCAAGCCGUUGGAUCUGGUGAUCUCCAAGAAGCUCUACAUGCUGCAGCAGUUUGUGCGCGGGGCGCCGAGAGGAAGCCUGCCUUUGCGAAUCCACACGUCGGACGGGUGCCAGCACUGCAUUGCCGCCUUCUUCCACCCCGACCAGCACUUCGUUUCGAUUUUCAUCGUCAACCAGCGCGACACAACACACACAGCGACAUUUCCAUUCGAGGAUUUCGUGCCGUUUGACGCGGGGCAGGAGUGUGUGUUGGAGACGUAUCGCACGUCAGCGACGGAAAAUAACACGCUGGUGGCGACUCAAAGUUACACAGACGUGCCAGCUUCGAUACAGGUGGCGGCGCUGGGCAGCUCGAUGACUUCUGUGGUGCUGCGGAAUGUGGACCCCGCGUAG